UGGGGAUGAAGGCCAUACUUCCGACGGACAGAAGCUCUGGCUCCUCAGCCUUCUCUGCUUGGGCUCCCGUGCCAGAACAAAUGUGCUUCGUUUCUCAGGCUUCAAGUCAUUGAUGAAGCGCACAUGUGCAGUAGUAGUGGCGAUAGGUGUGCAAUGCUUUUGAUAGAGCUCUGGACUGAAGUAGUGGUGUAGCAAUUCUUCUUUUGCGGCGUUCUGAGCGCGCUUCAGCUUGUUCUGAGCUAUCACGAGGUGCCAUGUAGGUGUGAGGCAGGAGAUUGUGUUUGUGAGAUUUUUGUGAGUGUAGUGGGAAGCAGGAGAAAUUUGACGAAAGUAAUGAAGCGGUGCAGUGUCUGAAAUUGUGGAGAGGAUUUUCGGUUCCACUGAUGCGAGAAUUGCAGGAGUCUUAGGGGAGUGGAUGAAGAUAGUGGUGAGAAGAGGUGGAUUGGAAGGCGAUGGUAUUUUUCUUGUGAUUAAUGCUGCUCAUACGACAGCUCCUUGCGGGCGAUCGGGGUUUGGAGUCGCGGUAGUCGUCACCAGUUACGAUGAGACAACAGCAGGUUGCUAGCACUGAGGGUGCGCCUUUUAGUGUUGCAAGAAAGGCCAGCAGUAGAAACGGUCGAAGAGAAGAAUCUGCUGAUGACGAGAAACUAGGAGAUUGCUUGAAGCUAGGGAAUAGACGGGUUUUGGUUAAGAUGCCAGGUAAUAAGCUGAAAGUGACAACUGCUUCUCAACAAGCCAAGCAUAGCAAUGAUCGUGCUUACAAAGCCCCUGAGGUUACUCAAGUUUGUGUUGAACAGAGCCAAAAAGAAGAGGUAGUAGAACAGGCCCAGAAACGAUCUAUUUCCGAUGGAGUGAGUCUUCCGCAGUGGGGUCAGAGGAAACGGUUGCGGUUUAACAAUAGAGUAGAUGUCAAACCUGCCGUAGAGGCUACGACAGCCGAUAAGAGAGCUGAAGCGAAGGUUGACACGAAGGUGGACAUCAAGGCUAUUUCGAGAGUAGUUAGAGGAGCGGUUAAAGCAGAGAAGAGUGCAGGAGUUCUUGUGGCGAGAAUUAAAGGACCAGUUGCUUCUAAAUCUUCAGCACCUAAACUAGCCACUGGGAACACCAAAAGAGAUGCUGAGGGGACUGGAGCCACAUGUGCUGCACGGAAUUCUAACAACCAUGUUCCGAUCAGUCUUGAGUGCGAAGCCAAUACUGUUCGAACUACGGAGUUGCACUCGGAUCAACCACUAGUAAAUCCUGAGACGGCCUCUAUUGCCCCUGCCGAAUCUCCUGCAACUCAAUCUGCUGUCAGUGCGAGAACAGACGAUAAUGUGCACCAAGAUAAGACAACUGCACCUGGAAAAGUAGACAUGGAUUUGUUCCAAUGGCCAAAGUUUUUAGUAUCCUUGUCACGAAAAGAAAAGGAGGAUGACUUUUUUGCUGUUAAGGGUUCUAAGCUCCCAGUUCGACCUAAAAAGAGGUCGAAGUUUCUGGAGAAGACCGUAACCUCCAUCAGUCCUGGAGCAUGGCUUUGUGAUAUUACGAGGGAGCGCUAUGAAGUAAAAGAAAAGAAGGCCAUCAAGAAGAAGCCGAGGGGUCUUAGGGCUAUGGGUAGUGCAGACAGUGAUACAGAUUAGCUUCAAGAGCCGUUAGUUGUGGCUGCCUUUCUUACUUUCACUUUGAAAAGUGAAAGUAAAGGUAUAGAUUGCUUAUUGAUUCUUUCGAGGACAUGCUAUUUGUCUAAAUAUGGAAAGCCAGUCCUUAUGACAUUAGACUAGGUUGUGACUGCCCAUGAUCUUUAAUCUUAUGAAGACCAAACCUAAAGCUGACAUGAAUUGACACUCUCGAUUAUAUCUUAAUUCGAUGCUGUUAUAGAUGUAGUUUUUACUCAAAGGCAAUGUACAGUUUAGAUUUGUUGAGAAAUGUCAAUAUUGAAAACUGAUGUUACCCUGCAUACUUCAAUAUAAUUUGUAGUUAGGUUCCAUAGCCUUAUCGCCGUACAA